CCCGCUCACCCUUCACCUCUCGCCUUUCCCCUCACCUCUCCCUCUUCUCCCCUUAUUCCCUCCUGUCUCUUUGUCUUCUUCCCUCUCUCUCUCCCCGUUUCCCCGGCGCCCUUCCUUCAAGUUCUCCAUUAUUCUCUCCUUUCUCGUUUCCCCCCACCCGGCUUCUUCUCUUCCCCCUCUCAUCCCCGGCUGCCUCCGCUCUCCGGUUGCUGAGCUCACUUCCUGUCGCUGGGUGAGCAACAGUGGUCGGGAUCGGGAUCCGAAUCCGGAUCGGGAGGAGGACUGGAGAGCGGUCGGGAUUGGGACAGGUGCUGAGUGACUGGUGACCCUAAUAGAAGAAAAAUGCCCAAAAGCAAUUAAUAGAGUCUGAACUGGACGCGAAGCAAAGUGGAGAAAAGUUGUGGGAGCCUUUCCUCAGCAAUGUCUAUUACCGACCUCAGUUCCACCGCCUGACACCACAGCUUUAUCACCAAGCAGAGUUAAUGAUAUCAUCGCAGAGCCAGUACACGGGAUUUGGAAUGGGCUUUGGGAACUUGCCAUUGGGCACUGGUGGGUUGCCCGCCUUCAAAUUCUGUUCAAGACAUGAAAGCAUAGACUGGAGGCGGUUCAGUGCUAUAGAUGUGGAGCGAGUGGCCAGGGAACUGGAUAUUUCUGCCCUCCAGGAGAACAUCAUGAGUGUGACCUUCUGUAACCUGGACUCUGAAAGAUGUCCCUGCUGUCAGAACCCGGUUGACCCAGUCUUAUUGAAGGUAUUCAAGCUAGCCCAACUAAACACAGAAUACCUUCUUCACUCUCAGGACUUCUUCACAAGCAGCAUUCAAGCACUGGAGGAGCAGCUGCAGUUAACCUUGGAAGAGCUGGGGAAGAGCAGGGAGGAAAUAGCUAAGAAGACGGAGGAGCUGAAGGCAGUGAAAGAGGAGGGCCGACGUCGCAAGAAGAUGAUUGCCACUCUUCAGCUGCUUGUACAGGCAGGAGCCAAUAACUAUCAUAAGUGCCGACUCUGCGACAAGGCAUUUGUGAACUAUUCCUUCCUGCAAGGACAUGUCGAGCGGCGCCACCCAGAGGUCACUCAUGCUGAAAGGAAGACGAAGCAGCAAACCGAGCAGAUCGUGGAUGAGAUCGAGGAGCUCAGGGAGCGGUUGCGCAUCAGCCAGUCACAGCUGGAAGUCGAACGGGAGGCUGAUUCUAUCAGGCGAAGCCAGGAAUCGGAAAAUAUCCGUAGGAGAGAGGAAGAACUGAGGAAGGAAUUUGAAAGUUGGAAAGAGGAAGAAAGGAAAAAGAUCUUUCAAGAAAUGGAUAGCCUGCGACAGCAACUUCUAAUGGAGUUCCAGGGCGUGGCAUCAAAGAACCUGUCUAUUGAAGCAAAACUGCAGGAGAUUCAGUCAAGAAGUCCAGUUAUUUCCAAAGUGGAGACGUUUCAUGAGAAGGAUCAAACAGAUGAACUGAGAAACUUGAAGGAGAAAUAUGAGAAAUUGAAAAAGGAAUCCAAAAAAAAACUCAAAGAACUUCAAGCUGAGCAUGUGACUGAACAGGAAGAGAUGAGGACUGAAAAUGAGAGGCUGAGGUCUACUUUAUCAGAAGACCAGCGAGCAAUGUCGGAUUAUUUCCAGAAACAAAUCAAUACGCUCUCUGCAAAGGUCAAAGAACAGGGUGCGGUCAUCUCAUCUCAGAAGAAUCAGAUCAAGAAUCUUUCUACUCGACCAAUUCAAGCUGCUGCCGAGAGCCAAGAUUCAGAAUCUGAGAAAGAUGAUGAUUUGGAGAGUACACUAGACCGCAAGCAGCAGCUCCUGGACACCCUGAGGCAGAAUCCAAAAUUCAUCAAACAGUUUCGCCCCAUCCUGGAAGAGUCUUUACAGGAGAAGUUGGAAAGCAUGGGCCUUAAAAAGGGUUCAAAAGGAAUCCCAGCUCAGACCAUGAAGAACAUGAGCUUGACAGUGGAGAAACAACGCGAGAGCAAGGCCAAGCACUUCCAUGAGUUCACCAGCCUCCGCAAGCACUUUGCAAAGAUCGUCAUUGAGAAGGUUAAAGAGAAGCAACACAGUGAAGGUUACACCUCCCCCCCACUUCAGUCAGGUAAAGCGCGGAGACGCACCAGCUCAUCACCGAAACCAGUGGCUAACAGCAAGCGCCCUAGGGCUGUCCUGUCAAAACCGUCUCGUGUGAUUGACCCAAAGGUCUAUCAGACUGAAACACCCAAGCCUGCUGCACAGCACUCAACUGCCAGUCCUUCCCAUUCAGCUGCACUCAGCACCAGCACACCUCCGUUCUCUUCUGACGAUGAGUCCAUUGUGGACAGCGCCUAUGUCACCAGUGUGGGUGUCAAGGAUGCACCAAAAGUUAACGUCAUCCUGUCUAGGCAGAAGCAGAAGCAGGCUACUAUGAGUGACGAUGACAACUGGUCAGACACGGACGUCUCGACUGGGGCCCCAAGUCCACUUGCAGCCCCCACAGUCCGCAGCCCACCAGGGACUAUGGUUCAAAGUUUGGCUAGGACUUUAGAGAAUCAGCUGAGUUCUUCGGCGAAGAAACCCAUUGGGGGUGUUAAACUCCUGCCUGCAGCACAGGCUGCCCUUCGAACCUCCCCAAAGAACAGCACCAUGGUGACGAAGUUGCAGUUGUCAGACGAUGAGGAGAGUGAGCUUGACAUCUCAUCCAUUGAAGAUGUGUCAGAAGAGUUUGCCUCUAAAGUGCAAACGAUGAAACCUGUGCCUGUGCCAGCACCGAGGCAAAGUACUGAGCCGUCUCUUUCUCAAGGAACCAGUGUCUGGAGCUCGUUGGCCAGCAGAGGGGCAGGGCAAAAGGAGGCCAUCGUGGCAACUUCACUAAAAAGCAGCAGUUUUGCCACCGUGACAGACAUCAGUGACUCCGAACUGAACUUCCCCUGACCACUGGCAGGAUCGGCUUCAGUGGAGAGAACCGCUCCAGUUUGGCCUCACUCCUCCAGCAAGUGACCCCUUGGGCCCACCAGAUGUGGUGGGUCUUGUGCAAAGGUGCCUCCUUGCAAACCUGCUUGUUAACUUGAGUGCCUGUUUGUCAACUCUGGUGUAGUAAAUUCCUGGAGACUUCGUUAGAUGAGCUCCUGCCACCAACCACCCUUCCCCACUGUCUGCUAAGCACCUUCUCCUCACUGCCUUCCUCUGCCCAGAGGAGAGCAAAUGGACUUCACUGUUCAAGUUAAUGAUUUGAUUGAGUCAUAGCCCAAUAUUUUUAUAUUUAAUAAAUAAUUAUUCAUU